AUGUAUGAUCUCCGAUCAUAUAGAUGUUUUGGAGAGAAGGCUAUUGACUAUUAUCUGAAGGCCUUAAGAUCGCUGGGAAAAAGAGAAGUCCAUUCAGCUGUCUGGGAUUCUGUCAACUGGGAACUGUCUACUACAUAUUUUACUAUGGCAACUCUGUUGCAGGACUAUGCUCCAUUAUCCAGGAAGGCUCAGGAACAGAUAGAAAAAGAAGUUAGUGAGGCAAUGAUGAAAUCUUUGAAAUACUGUGAUGUUGAUACCGCCUCUGCCCGACAACCCCUUUGCCAGUACCGGGCAGCUACCAUUCACCACAGGCUGGCUUCCAUGUAUCACAGCUGUUUGAGAAACCAGGUUGGUGAUGAGCAUCAACGGAAACAACACAGAGUACUAGUGGAUCUUCAUUAUGGUAAAGCUGUGAAGUUUUUCCAGCUCCUGAAGGAUGCACCAUGUGAGCUGUUGCGUGUACAGUUGGAAAGAGUCGCAUUUGCAGAGUUUCAAAUGGCAAGUCAGAAUAGUAGUGGUGGAAAGUUGAAGACUUUGUAUGGUGCCUUGGAUAUAAUGACACAGAGCCACUCUGUUUUCCAUCUCAUGAGAAAAGAACUGGUUGGUGAAUGUGAGCAGGGCCUCGAAGAUGGCAAAAGCAGUGCUGAGAAAGUACCAACUGAAAAUUCUUCUGUUAGCCUUAAUGAGGAGGAAAUAUCAAAGCUCCUUAGUAUAUUUGAGUCUCGAUUGUCCUUUCUCCUCCUCCAGUCCAUUAAGCUGCUUACGUCAACAAAAAAGAAAACAGGAGGUAACAUUGAAGAGGAAGACAUUCUGAAGACCAAUAAGUAUGUUUAUUCACUUCUCUUGCGAUCAGUAGCUAACAAAAACCUGACUCUGCUUGAAAGAAUAGAAGUUAUUUUAAACUUACUGGAACAGUUAACCCAGGGAAGCGAAGGCAAAAAUCUGGGCAUUCAGUGA